UCCGCCACAAGUGGUCUGUUACCUAUGCAGCAAAUCCGUACAGUGCGCUGUCAUUUCAUUCGCGAGGCGCGCAACACGCACGCGCGGUUUCGGUGCUACAUUGCGCGGGAAAUAGGAGUGUUGCGUAUCGUUGAGCACUGUAUGAAUGGAUCGAUAAUUAAUAAAUUAAUAUGGAAUACAAAAUGAAGAUAUUCGCACUUGUAUUGUGUGUAUUUCCAGCAAUCACUGCAUCUAUAACAGUCUCUUCUAAUGGUAAUAGCCCUGAAAUAAAAAUGCUUGGUGGAAUGAUGGUGGAUUCACAAGGUAGUGUUGUUUCCACUACACCUAAAGAAGAAAUGCUUUCGACACCAUCCAAUUACGAGAAGAGCCGGCAAAUUACCUCUAACACAACAAACCUUUCAAUAAAUGAGCGGUACAGAAGACUGAUCCCUUAUAUGACGUUUUAUUAUGCUAACGAUCUUACGACACCAACAGAUGCUUCAAAAGCUGUUGAAGUAGAAAAGGCAGAAAUCGUUGAAGCAAAGGACAUGGAUCAACAUAAUCACCGACACCCAAAGAAAAUUAUAUAUACUCCGCAAAGAACGAUUCCGAGGUAUCAAGGAAACCGGUUGACACAAUUUAAUAUAGCAUCAGCUAACCCUACACAAGUAUUUUAUAAAGACGGUGUACGUGUUGCAUAUCAUAAUCCUAACAAAGUCACACCUAAUUACAAUCCUUUGCAGCCUGAAUAUGUUUUAGUAAAUCACAAUUAUGAUCCUUCGCGGUUCCCUUCGAAGCUAAUAUCUAAACCUCAAGUCAUUUCUAUUGCGACUACAACCAGGAAACCAUACAUUAAUUUGUAUAAGGGUGGAGUAUUACCAAAUAUACGUUAUUAUGCACCAGAAAAAGACUUAGCGCCUAAAUUCAAGUUAGUACCUUAUGAACAAACACCACCAGCUAAAGUGAUCUCUCAAAGUGAAAAAGUGCAAGAUGUGAGUGAUGUAAAAAAGCCGUAUGUAGUCUCCAUCUUAGUGCCGAAAGAGCAAGUUCAUGUUAAUCCAAGGCCUACUCGACCACAAAUCUUUUAUGAUAACAGUCACUAUCAAUCUGGAAUUAGGAAGCACCCUACCAUCGUGUCAGAAAAUUAUUAUGAGAAGCAGCGGCCUCCCCCGUUGCUCAUACAGCCAUUAAUUGAAAGCGGCUUCAAGCCUAUAGUAGCUCCUCCGGAAUAUACCACGCAAGCCACUGUAUAUAGACCAGUGUCACCGAAAACUCAACCUAGUAUUCAAAAUCAAAAACUUUAUGCCCAUAUUGAACCAAUAUCAGAAGCUCCCGCUCCCGAUUACAAUCCACAUUACUACGAUUACGUCGUCGAACAACCAACAUACAAGCCAGAAGAGAAUAAGGCCACUAAUGGAAUAAAUAUAGCAGAGUUAAUCAAAUCGUUACAACUAAAUAAAUCUAUACCAAAACCAAUAACACAUGAAAACGUUGGUGCUUCAAUAAGAACACUGCUGCAAGUCCUGAACGCUAUGAAGGCAACACCACAACAUAAUGACGUAGAAUCACUAGUUCAAAGCACACCAAAGCCCUUCGUGGCUCAAAAUGUUUUUGUCCCUGUCACUGAUCCACCACUUCGAGGAACUUCGGAUUCGACUUCUCACGAUGAAGAUUAUGAAACUAUACGAGAUGAACCUUUCCUCGCUCCUGUAAAAAUUCCAUCGCAACAUUUAGACGAUUUUCCGGUGAGCGGUGGAAGCAGUCAACAGUUUCCCCUGCCUGUGACGUCAGAUGACGAAGGCGGUACUCCAGGGCGUCCAGGAAUCGAUUAUCCUAUUUUAACCACUAUCCCUCAAACAGCGUUUAAUUGCAAAACUCAACGGUAUAAAGGAUUUUUCGCAGAUACCGAAACUAGAUGUCAGGUGUGGCACUACUGUGACUUGAACGGUGGUCAGGCUUCGUUCCUGUGCCCCAACGGCACUAUCUUCUCACAAGCAGGUCUUACUUGCGACUGGUGGUUUAAUGUGCGGUGCGCCUCCACGACACAACUCUACGUCCUUAACGAAAGCCUAUACAAGUUUAUAUUACCGCACUCUCCUAAAUUCCCUGAAGAUUAUAGCGGACCGUUGGUAGAUAAAUAUUUGACUCUUAAAUUCAAAGAGAUGGAAGAACAAUUCAAAAAGAAUAAAGGAAAACAAAGUAAUGCAGAAGAUAAGAAUUCUGACGACGAGGAUGAUUCUAAUAAAUCAUCCGAGGAAGAAGAAUCUGACAAUCCUAAAGCAACUGAAAAUAAUGACACAAGUACUGUAAGAACAAUUAGCGUCGCCAGUGUCGUUAUCGAAUCACCUGGCAAUAGUGGCAAAGUUGAAAGGUUGCAAAUUUAAAAGACAAUGCAGGUUGCAUACUUUAAUUCAUUGAUUUUCAUGAAUAAUGUGUAAUUUUGUAAUUGUAUAAUUUCGGUGGGCAGUGGGGAGAACAUGGUACUAUCGACAUCGGUGAUUUUAUUUUUAGGUGUUUAAUUCAAUGCAGUUUAUUGUUUUAGUUAAAUUCUAUAAUUGUCAUUUUUUUAUUGGCUACAAUUAACGUAAUUAAAUUGUAUUCGAUGAAUAUGCAUAAGACAUAAAGUCGUUUCUAAACCAGUGGUUAUUAGAAAAAAAAUGUUUACGUAUAGUCGGUAACACGAACUAGCGACUUCUUUGAACUUACUACAUACUCGUACCUACGUAUGUGUUCACAUUGCCCACCGAAAAUACACCAUACGUUUGUGAUUUGUUACCUUCAAAACAGUAUGGAUUAGAUGCUCUAUUUUUGCAAUUAGAGCGCAAUUUGCAUUGUAAUGUACUGUUUCUAGAUUAUUAAGGAAUAGAAGUAAAAGAUAAUAAACUGUGAUAAUUGAUGUCAAUUUCUGUCCGUGUAAUGUCUUUGUGAAUGUUUGUGUUGAAUCGAAACUUUGAAUGAUACAAAAUUUAUAAUUGCAGUGGGGUAAUCAUUGUGUUUAUAUGAUUUUACUAAGUAUAUUAUUAUAAGAGAAUUAAACUUGCCAUAUCUAGCCAUGUUUGAUUCAUAUUAUUUAUGUUAGUUCUAUACAUUAUAACAAUUAUUUACGUUGUCUAAUAAUAAUUUUAUUGACAAACUGCUAUUGCCCCUUCGUUUCGCUAUAAUUCUGAUAGAAAUUAAGUCUUGUACUUAUAACCAGUGAAAUGUGCAAUAAUUUAUAUAAUAAAUUAUACUUCACCAUCUUACCUUAUUCCUUUAUUUGUGUGUGUGGUUUCUCGUUAGUCGCAACCUAUGGAGCUAAAUAUUUAUAUAUAAGUAGUUCAUAAAAUUACUCAAAAUCACUGUUAUGCACGAUACGUUUAUUGCGAAGAGAUUUUAUUCUAAUAGCUUAUUCAGAUGUUAUAAUCUCAAGAGUAUAUCCAAAUGUUCAAUGAUAUUAUAUUGUAUUUGUAUGUCAGAUAUAAAGGAGUAUGACAUGCAAUAACUACCGACAAAGAAAACACUCAUGUCAUUGAUUAUUAAGUAAUGAUUUAUUUACAAAUUUAGAUUAAAUUUAAGUUGGUACGCCUAUUUAAUGGUUUAAAUUGCACUGAUGAUUAUAUAACAAUUAUUAUAUAUAUGAUAUCGAGAAAAAUUACCACAUGCAAAA